AUGGUGCAGAUGCACUUACUACACAGCCAUCACACUACCAGUGGGCAAAAGAAGAGGAAAAUGGUGGAACGCGAGCGCGUUCUCAGUGCUGCGUCUGGGCUUCGUGAGCAGCAGAUCGAGAUGAAGCGACAGCAGGAGCAGAUACAACAGCGCAAGUUGCAAGUCCAGAAGAUGUCGGAGGCCAUUCGACAGCAGAAUCAACGAGCAGUUCGAGCGAGGGCGGUGCAUUCUGCGGGAGUUAAUGGUCGCCGCCCGAAACCAAGCCAACGAUCCGACAGUGCGCCCAAUUUUCCCGAGCGCAAGCCUCCAGUCCCACGCUUAAAAGAAGAAGAUGACAGCGUGAUACAUGAUGAAGCUUCCAACCCCCCUGCCAAGCAGCAAACUGCUAAACGGAGACCCCCAGCAUCAACUCCACGUGUGUCGAAAAGGGAGAAGCGAUCUAUUAAGCCACCUGAGAACGACGCAGCAAUCCGAUCCAAAGAAGAACGGCGAGCAAUAGCGCGCGAGUACAUGCAGCUCCAGAAAAAUAGCCGGCGAAUCUGGAAUGCGAAAGUGAAGGAGCAAUCUCAACGCGAGCAAGAAAAGCGUCAACAACAACUGGAGGUG